AGGGGCACGCGUAGGUAUCCAAGCAACAGGCUACUCUGUCACUCUAGAUCACGUGACCAUCACACACUGCGCAGCUGGGAUCAAGUACACCGACGGAGAAUCAUCCGCAAACUCUACAAUGAUAUCUGAUUCCUACAUAGGGCACAAUGGAAAACAUGGUAUUGAAUUCAAGGGUAGCGCCACUUACCCGUUCCUGUCUAUCACCCGGACGGUUAUAACGGGCAGCAAAAGCUCUGGUAUAUAUUGCAGAGACACACACGCAAAUAUCUCCAUCGAGGUCAGAAAUCCUGAGUAAUAGAAAUCAUGGCAUCUAUUUAUACAGAAUAGAUGGGAGUACCACUAUCGAAUCAACAAAAAUGACAGAUAACUAUUAUCACACUUUGUAUUACAACUCAGAUAACAUUUACAGAGGUGGGCGUCUUUUAUUGAUUAAUAACUCUUUUGUUGGAGAAGGAAACAGUCGGCAAUACUGUGCUAUAUAUUUGUAUCCAUACUAUUUUGAUGGAGAAAAAAUACGCAUUGAAAGAAACAUUUUCAGGGAUAUGUCAACCUCCUAUCCCGCGUUGCAAAUAGAGAAUAACUAUAAACAGUCUGAAUUAAAUAUUUCAAUAACAAACAAUGUCUUCAGCAACUGCUACAAAUCAAUGAUGGUUAAGGCCUACUACAAGACAAACGUAUCUAUAGAAAACAAUAUAAUGACAAGCAACAGAGCUGAUGGUCGGUACAUAGAUGUUCAAUUGGCUAGUUCGAAUACUAAUGGAAGAUUCCAUAUUUUUAGAAACAAAUUCACAAACAUUGCUGCAUCCACUUGGUUAUGGAUAGACACGGAGAAUUUCAAGAUGGCAGAAAAUUCUUUUGAACAAUUCAAAAGCGUUGAUCAGUGUGCAUUUUAUGUUUCUGUAUCUAAAAAAGAUUUAGUCAUUAAUGUCCCGUUCUCAUAUUGGGGCUCGUCUGAUCCAGGUGAUGUGAAACAUAGAGUAUGUGGAAACAAUAGGGAUAUGAAUCUUGCACAUGUCACCGUGUCACCUUUUUACACUGAUAGCAACCUUACUGUACUGAAUGAAGAUAAAAAAGUGGAUAUCUACUUUACUGAUACUACAGGUGCCAUUGGCGGUGUGCUCUUGAAAAAUGAAACGAUUCGAUUUAUUUUGAACUAUACCUAUCAUGUUAGACGCAACAUCUUUAUACUUCCGAAUGCUACCCUCACUAUAGAGUCUGGGGUUAAACUGGCUUUUGGACAAGGGAUGAUUAACUAUGAUAAAACAUUGAUGAAAAGAAAGAAUCCGACGAGGAAAUGGGGAGGAAUUCGCAUUGGAUCACCGUCGUCUGUCGGUUUCUUUCUCAAUUAUGUCCGAUUAGACGGUUCCACGUAUGGUGUUCACGGCCAAGGCAGGAACAUUACUCUAAAUGGUGUCACAAUCACAAACACAGACUAUGCCAUAUAUGUAUCGGAUACCAUUACCGAAUACCUCAAUAUUGAUAUUACUAACAGUACGAUAGACACAUCUACUAACACUGGGAUCUCCAUUCAGACGUCACCGAUGACUAUGAGAGGAUUAAAUUUAACAACGAAGGACGUCGACAUCCGUAACACACGUGGUAGUGGAGCUGUGUAUAUCAAUGGAGGGAGUACCAAAGCAGAUUUGGUAUUUGAAAAUGUAACAAUACAAGAUAUAAGCAAUCACGGUGUUUACAUUUACUAC